AUGGCAUUACCACUGCAGCCAGGCCUGACGCCGACAGAAGUGGCAUUUCUCUGCGAAAUGGAAAUGAUCACCGUCGUUCCGCGUCAACGCCUCGAAAGCCUGAGUCUUCUCGGUGGCCUAACACCAGCCCUUCGCCCACCGCACCGCGCUUCCAUUCCCCUCUGGCUCGCCCUCCUCCUCAAACGCCAACGCCGCGCCAACAUCCUCCCGCCUCCCUGGCUGCUCCCCUCCUCCCUCGAUCGCAUCCUAAAAUACGAGACCGAGACCUCGAUCAAGGCUUUCUCACCACCCCCUCCGCACCCAUACCCCGUAUCCUCCCGCCCCGCGCCUACAGACAGCAUAUCGCCGCCCUUCCUACCUUCCUCGACAGCAGAAUCGCCGCCCGACUACCUACCCUACCACUGGCUGGAGCUAGGCGAGAUUCUGCUCGAGGCGUGUUCGGACGACAUCUCUGACCCGGAUCGGGUUCGGACGCUGCUGAGGGACUUGAGGGAGGUGAGGAUGGCGAAGAUGAGGGACAGCGUGAAGGUGCUGGAGGGUGGCGGCGUGAACAGUCUGCGGGGCGUGGGCGCCAUGGAGGUUGCGGAGGGGAGGGCCUUCAUUGUGGGCGUUAUGGAUGGGCUGAGGAAGCUGGGGGCCAGCAGGGAGGUUUCGAGAAGGGAGAGGGAUGAUGAGCAACGGAGGGACGGGGAGGGGAGUGAGGAUGAGGAUAUGGGGUUUGAAUGA